UUCAACAUACCCUGGAGCUUAGAGGCUUGACAGCUGCCUGCUCAGCAGCCCAGGAGUCACUGGAAGAUGUUCUUGACUGCAAAAAUACUUGUUUUUACUGUGAAUGGUUUAUUCAGAGUGGCAAUGGGCUUUGACAUUGGAUUAUCCACGAAAUGCGUAGUGAUACCCAAGGAGAUGGGCAUGUGCCACAAGAUUGGAUACUCUGAAAUGAGGCUUCCCAACCUGAUGGGACACACCAGCAUGGCCGAGGUUAUCCUAAAAUCCACCACCUGGCAGCACCUUGCACACACGGACUGUCACCCUCACGUGAGGACAUUCCUGUGCUCCCUGUUCGCACCCAUCUGUUUAGAUACGUUCAUUCAUCCUUGUAGGAGUAUGUGUGUUGCCGUCCGUGACAGCUGUGCCCCUGUGCUUGCCUGCCAUGGACACCUCUGGCCUGGCAGUCUGGACUGCGAUCGAUUCCCUGCAGAUGAGGACAUGUGCCUGGCAUCUCUCACAAAGGAAUACAAAUACUCACACAAAGCAGUCCUACCAAAGCCUGCCUGCCAGACCUGCCCAGCAGUGGAGGAAUUCUUUACACACAAAAGAGUUCUUGAAGUUUUCUGUGACAGUAACUUUGCAGUGAAAGUAAAGCUGUCCAAGAAGAGAACAGUAUUUGACGACCAAGAGUAUAACAUUGAAUGCCAAGUGGAAUUCAUUACCCAGGGCUCACUCUUGCCUUAUGAAACUCAGAAUAUGAUACAGCAGUGGCUGCUUAUCAAUGAAAACUGUACACAGAGGAUGACUCCAACCCAUCGUCCCAUGGUGUAUCUCCUUGUGGGGAAUAUUGAAGAGGGCAUCAUUUUAGUAAAACAGGUUUAUCGAUGGCAGAGGAGGGACUCCCAGCUGACUUUGGCCACUCAGAAAUGGAGAUACCAUAAAUGCCUGUAAAUACUUAUCACAUUAUUUGUAAAAAGAUGAUUAUGCUUCUCAUAACAAACUUAUCUUGUAAAUAGGAAUGUAUUAUAAGUGGAAUGUAAAGUCUUAAUGUCUUUUAAAAUGGUAUUAUAAGUUGAACUUAAAGCCCAGUGUUAUCAGGCCUCCUUUCUGUAGUGUUACAGCUAAUCACAUGAAGUUUGAACUUAGCCAAUCAUGUAUAA